AUGCUCGUGAGCAUUAAUCCGAAGUAUACGAAAAUUACAGACGAUCCGUUCCCAGCAGUUACCAUUUGCAAUCUUAAUCAAGCGUAUAAAGCAAAGGUUCAGCAAUUUUCAAUCGAUUCGUACGAAUAUACCAAAACACAAAUGCUCUGCAAGCGUGAUGUUAAUCUAACGGUAGCUGAUGCCAUUACGGAUUGGAGUGAUUUGAGAGAUUUUAUACACGAAAUCUCACAGCCCUGCAGUAAAAUGCUACUGAAAUGUAAAUACGCCGGAGUAAUCUUUAACUGUACAGAACUUUUUCGCCCCAUUAUCACUGACAAUGGACUUUGCUGCACCUUCAAUAUGAUAGAUCCGAAAUUUAUGUUCCGGGAUUUUAACAGCAAAGCGUAUAUUUAUUUGAAUUAUAACUAUCCCGAAGGAUACGUGCCAGUUGAUUGGAGUUCAGAGGCAGGUUAUCCUAACGAUUUACCCGAAAAAUUCAUACCAAUGAAAAGUGUAGGCACAGGCGAAAGUGUAGGACUCGGCCUAAUACUGGAUGUUGAAAGCGAGGAAUAUUACUGUUCAGCAUCAGAUAGCAUUGGUUUUAAAAUCCUACUACACAAUCCACUCGAAGUGCCGAACAUGCACGAAAUUGGUCUUUUACUUUCGGCUGGACUAGAGACGAAAAUUCGCAUACAACCCGAAAAAGUCGAGUCGGAAAAGUACCUUCGUUACAUCAACAAAAAUGCACGAAAAUGCUUAUUCGAAAACGAAAAGCGUUUGAAAAUGUAUAUUGAAUAUACGCAACGGAAUUGUGGUAUCGAAUGCUGUGUCGCCGAAAUAUUAGAAAAGUGUGGCUGUGUGCCGCACUACGUGCCAAAGUUUUCCGGCAAUGAAACCACAUGUAGCAUGAUUAGUUUGCUAUUCGAUUGA